GCACGGACAUUCUCAAACGGAUCCAUUUGCUGAUAUUAAUUGCACAAGUGGAGUCUCUUUUCUGAGCUCUCUCUCUCUCUCUCUCUCUCUCUCUCUCUCUCUCUCUCUCUCUCUCUCUCUCUCUCUCUCUCUCUCUCUCUCUCUCGUACACACACCUGUGCGUGGACAUGUAGCGAUGCCACUCCUCCACUGGACCGGAAUAUACUCAGAUGCUGAAUUUGUAUCCAUAACAACCUCUCGUGCGAGUACAACCUAGCGCUUUUACACGACCCGUUUUAUGUUUGUAUAAGGAUGUUUGUACGUAUACUCAUUCGGUUCAGUUUAAAGGAAGACAAACGGAUUGAUUGACAGGUGUGGUGCUGAAGGGAACCUGAACGGUGUUUUGUUUAUUUGACUGCGACCAAAUUACGCAUCUCAGCUGAGAACUCCAGUGUUGAACGUUUGCCGGAAUUCUCUCUCUCUCUCUCUCUCUCUCUCUCUCUCUCUCUCUCUCUCUCUCUCUCUCUCUCUCGAACGCGCGCGCUCGUUCGCUCACACACACACACACGCAAAACACAAGCGCGCGCGUUACCUCCUCAGCCUAAGUGGCUCUGCUGCGGAACCCCUAAAUCUUUCACUGAUCUUUUGAUUUUGAAUGUAUUUCCGUCCUGGGAGAUCUAAUCAGCCCUGAGCGUCUUCGAGACUGCGAUGCCCGGCCAGUGAGUAGUUUGCGCGUCGGCUCUUCUUCGUGCGCGGUGCAGCAUGGCUCCGUGCCGCAGGGGCCGCGGCGGGCGGGAGAUUGUGGUCUUUCUGUCCGGAUGCCUGCUCCUAUCCGCCGCCGCUGCGAAGGUGUGCAACGACUACACGCGGCACAAUGCGGACACCGCCUGGUCCUCCAAGGACGUGCCCAUCAUGGUGCUGAUGCCAAUGAACGAGUCGGCGCUGAUGAGCGGCAUCAGCCAAGGCAUCGAGCCCGCCGUGCAGCUCGCCAUCCGGCACAUCCGCGAGUCAAAGCAGUACUCCUUUUCACUCAUCACCAAAAUCUACGACACCGAGUGUGACAAUGCAAAGGGAUUAAGGGCCUUCUUCGACGCAAUCUGCUAUGGUCCCAAACAUUUAAUGAUCUUCGGAGGUGUGUGUCCAUCAGUGACGUCUAUUAUUGCAGAAUCGUUAGAGGGAUGGAACCUGGUGCAGCUUUCUUUUGCCGCAACGACACCAGUCUUGGCAGAUAAGAAGAAGUACCCUAACUUUUUCAGGACAGUACCUUCGGACAAUGCAGUCAAUCCAGCUGUUGUGAAGUUCCUCAACUACUAUAACUGGAGCAGAGUGGGCACCUUGACUCAAGAUGUCCAGAGGUUCUCAGAGGUGCGCAACGAUUUGACCAACGAGCUUGAGAAGGCAGAUAUCCAGAUAGCAGACACUGAGAGUUUUUCUAAUGACCCCUGUAUUAAUGUGAAUAAACUGAAGGACAAUGAUGUGAGGAUUAUCAUUGGUCAAUUUGAUGAGAACCUGGCCUCUAAAGUUUUCUGUUGUGCUUAUAACCUGAACAUGUAUGGCAGUAAGUAUCAGUGGAUCAUUCCUGGAUGGUACCAAGGCAAUUGGUGGGAGCAGGCAAACUCUACCAACUGCACCACCAAAAAACUGCUUACUGCUAUGGAGGGCUACAUAAGUGUGGACUUUGAACCUCUCAGCGCCAAACGGAUUAAAGGAAUCUCUGGAAGGACACCCCAAGAGUAUGAGCGGGACUACACCAGAGAGCGAGAGCAAAAAGGAGUUGAGGCCAGCAAAUUUCACGGUUUUGCCUAUGAUGGAAUCUGGGUGAUUGCAAAGACACUAAGCCGUGUAAUGGAGCUUCUCCGUCAGAAGCAGAGGCAUGACAUUUACCAUAACAUGACCAUGGAUGACCGGGAGGUGGGAAAGUUAGUGCUGGAUGUGAUGAACGAAACCAACUUCUUCGGAGUAACGGGUCAGGUGAUGUUCAGGAAUGGAGAGCGCAUGGGAACUAUCAAAUUCACACAGUUUCAAGAGGGCCAGGAAGUAAAGGUUGGGGAGUACAAUGCCAUCGCUGACAUCCUGGACCUUAUCAACAACACCAUCAGGUUUCAAGGUGUGGAGCCUCCCAAAGACCGGACAUUUGUGCGUCUGGAGCGACGGCAUAUAAACGUACCACUAUACAGCAUCCUGUCCACCAUCACUAUCCUGGGCAUGCUCAUGGCAGGCGCCUUCCUCUUCUUCAACAUCAAAAACCGAAACCACAGGUUAAUCAAAAUGUCCAGUCCUUACAUGAACAACCUGAUCAUCCUAGGAGGCAUGCUGUCCUACGCGUCCAUCUUCCUCUUUGGCCUGGAUGGCUCUUUUGUCUCAGACCAAGCUUUCGAGACCUUGUGCACUGUUCGCACAUGGAUCCUCAUCGUGGGUUACACAACAGCGUUUGGAGCCAUGUUUGCGAAGACCUGGAGAGUACAUGCGAUUUUCAAGAAUGUAAAAAUGAAGAAGAAGAUUAUCAAGGACCAGAAGCUGCUGAUCAUUGUAGGUGGAAUGCUGCUAAUUGAUCUGUGCAUUCUCAUAUGCUGGCAGAUUGUGGAUCCCCUAAAGAGGACAGUGGAAAUGUACAGCUUGGAGGCGGACCCUCAGGGGCGAGACAUAGCUAUCCGGCCCUUCCUGGAGCACUGUGAGAACACACAUAUGACCAUUUGGCUUGGGAUUGUCUAUGCCUACAAAGGCCUCCUUAUGUUGUUUGGUUGUUUCCUGGCCUGGGAGACGAGGAACGUCAGCAUCCCUGCUCUGAAUGACAGCAAGUACAUCGGGAUGAGUGUGUACAACGUGGGAAUCAUGUGCAUCAUCGGUGCAGCUGUGUCCUUCCUGACGCGGGAUCAACCUAAUGUGCAGUUCUGCAUCGUAGCCCUGGUCAUUAUUUUCUGCAGCACAAUCACCCUCUGUUUGGUGUUUGUGCCAAAGCUUAUUACAAUGAGGACAAACCCAGAUGCAGCCACACAGAACCGGCGGCUGAAGUUCACCCAGAACCAGAAAAAGGAAGACUCAAAGACAUCCACGUCUGUGACCAGCGUUAACCAGACCAACACGUCUCGCCUGGACGGCCUGCAAGCAGACAACCACCGCCUCCGGAUGAGAAUCACAGAGUUGGAUAAAGAGUUAGAGGAAGUGACCAUGCAGCUUCAGGACACGCCAGAGAAAACCCCGUAUAUCAAACAGAACCACUACCAGGACGUCAACAACAUCCUCAGCAUUAGCAACUUCACAGAUGGCAAAGAUGGUGAAAAAACUGUUUUGAAAAAUCAUCUGGAGCAGAAACCACAAGCACUGAGGGGAUCCAUGGAUCCUUCUAGAAUAAGCAGAGGCCCGCUAGAGGACAUAAACUCGCCAGAACACAUACAACGCAGGCUGUCGUUGCAGCUGCCCAUUCUGCACCACGCAUACUUACCCUCCAUAGGAGGGGUGGAUGCCAGCUGCAGUCCCAACAGCAGCCCGGCCUCAAGUCCCCGCCACAGACACAUGCCCCCUUCCUACAGGGUCAUGGUCUCUGGCCUGUGAGUCCUACCACAGCUCUACGCUCUGAGGAACAGAUCUCCGUUUGAAAUCCAACAGACUGAGCUGCAUCAGCAAUGAACGGAAGUGUGUGAGUGACCUGGGGGGUCCUCCUCGUACAUACAUCCACGACCCUCCUCCCAUCUACGUCUACGUCAGAACAAAACUGAUUCUUCAGGCUCUGAGGGGGAUUUGGGGGGAGGGUUGGUUUGGGGCGGGGGAGGCAUCAAGUCAUCCGGUCAUCCUCACACAUCCACAGUGACCACCAAGAUCUGCAUUUCACCUCCUACUCUUUCCCCUUAACUGGUCUCCCAGUCCCAGACAACUACAGAUGCAACAGGGGAUGCCAGCUGAGCUAGCCUUAUCAACUUCCAUGGGUGUUUUCUCAAUUCUCCCUGUUUUUGUACCCUUUGUCAACUCAUUAGUCUUCAGUAGCUCACAACACUGCCCAUCCAGAAGCAUCCUGUUCAGCACUCUAACAAACACAACUGUACUCAUGAGAGCAAGCUGUCAUCAUGCCAGGAAACACUGAUUUGGGGUAGGCUUCGGGUAAGACUGGGCACUCCUGCAAAUGGCCUCUGAAGAGCUUUGAAAGACCGUCAACCAAGUAAAAAAAAGGUUGCUGCGGCUUUCCUGGCAGUGAUUGGGCGUUCACAUGGCGUGGAAAAUUGUAGUGGAAAGCCUCACAGGGAAAGCCAGCCAGUGGUAGUUUCUGCUAACCUUAACAAACAAACAUCACAACACACCAGUGGCCAGGGCUUUUGCCAUAAAUAAAAAGGUCCUCUGUUCACUGAUCACGAUAAUAGAUUUGGAAACUAAGAGCAGUUAAAAGCAGGGACACCGUUGUCAAGCAUAUGAGGCCUCAUGAUAUUCUUAGACAAGACAAGUAGCUUUCUAGAAAACCCUGUAUGAGUGUUAACACUCAUAUGGAAGUGCAGGAGGAAGAAAUACAGAAGUUGGCGAGAUCUGUAGGAGCCUGAGGUCCAGUCUUCCAUUUUAUCAAAGCGUAUGGGCCGAAAGUCAAAGAACACAGCCGAAAGAUCAUUCCUCUGUGUGUAUGGACUUUGGCACACAAAUAGUCAUCUCUCGAUGUGAUCCAUUAAUGGCUCUAAACAGAAGUGGCGUCAGAGGUGUAGAUAGUAUUGGGUGAAAAACGUGUCUUUAUGGAAAGCUCAUCAGUCAAAGCGAAGUGAUGUACACGUCCUCGUGGAGAAACAACGCAGUUCGAUUUGCUGCACAAUAACGGCUGGUUCCAAUAAGUGAAUUGGUCCCAAUGGUGUAACUUCAUUGCAGAUAUUUUUCUCCUGAUCACAGCAAGUGAAACAUCUUUACAAAAAUUGUUGUAGCUUGAGCCAAAACAGGGCCUGGAUGGGGAGCCUGCUGUCUGUUGCACAUCAUUCACACAUUGAGGACUCAAUCACAAUCCUCUAAAGGUGCAGGAGGAAUUUCUGCCACCGUUCCCAAGUGGCAAUGGGACAUACAUUACCUGGCACUUAGCAACAGUGAACAUACAGUACCUCAUAGUUGCUAUAGAAAUGUACCUGUGUGCUGUGAACUUUGCACAAAUGUCUCACAGAUAUAGAGCGUCUAGCUGUUGUCAUAUUUUUUUGUAAACCUAUAUCAAGACAACAAAAGAAUUGUAUUCGAAAUGCAAAAUAUUGGAAUAAGCUAAGUAUCACCAUUGUCAAGAACAAUUUCCUUUCUGCAGAUAUUUCACCGUUGGUGUCUUGGAUUUUGUUUUGUUUUUUGUUGCGUUUGUCGAAUGCCGUGCCUGUGAUCUUGUACAUGGAGCCAGAUGGACAUUAUAGUGCUGAUUGGUCAGAUUAUUAUAAGUAACUAUUUGAUAAAGUAACACAUCCUGAGUGUCUUUGAUAGGUUUGGUUUAUUUUUGUGCUAGAGAUGAAACAAAACUGUUCAUUUUUUUUUUUUUUCUUCAUUUAUUUUUCAGUGUACAUUAACACCUGAGAGGACCACAUGCUAACGGUUGAGGCUGUUAGUGAGCUUGAACAUAACAAAUCAUAGUGAGAAAGACCUUUAAACAUAAAGCAAAAACGUCACGAUGCCACGGCACCUCUGCCUCUGCCACUCCCUCCAGGAUGCGCUCCUGUCAUUGAGUUUCAUUUUCAAACAUGUUUGUGAAAGUACAGCAAAAAUCACUGUUUUAGAUUCAUUUCUUAACUUCCUUUUCCAAGAAGGUAAAAAAAAUCAGUUACAAAAAAAAAAAAAAAAAAGAAAAAAAAGAAAAAAUCAUCAUUACACACAGCACUAAGUUUGUCACUCUGCUGUAUCGCAAUAGAUAUGUCAUGGAUAUGAAUUAUUUUGAAGUCACAUUACUCUAAGCCAUGUGCACACAAAGGUUCUCCCAACCUUUUAACAGAAUUGAGAUAAAUAUCGACAAAGGGCAAUUUCUCUCAAACCACAAAGCCUGUUUGACAAUUUGUGAAUCCUCGAGUAACCGCUAAGUUUUAGUAAAUCCAUAUAAAGUGUUGUCAUGUGCUCUUAUUUCCUUCAUCUAUUUCAGUGAAGGUGGUUGUAAAAGGGCUCCCUAAUGUUCACCCGAUAACUCUUGGGGUUUUUUUUGUUUGUUUGUUUUUAUAGGUUAAACAAUAAUUUAAGUGUUGAUCAUAAAACCCAUUCCUCUAAACUAUUCCCUAUUUCUGUUCUCCAGUGGUUUAAGUGUUUUGCUUUUAAGAUUAGCCUUUCUUUGUAAUUGGAUAUUAGUGAAAAUAUAUUUUUCAUAUCACUAAUUUUUCCUGCUUAUUACUAAUUGAGGUGAAUAAAUUAGCUAAUUUACCUACACUUAAAAACUGAACCCAAUUAGUUGACUUAUGAAUACUGUAACCUGUGUUACAACAUUUCUGUUUAUUCUAUUUAAACAUUUCCUUUAUUUAUAUGAAUCCAGAGGAAUAAUCAUAAUAUUUGAAUCUGUGACAAAAAAAAAUGAAAAGGUGGUAAUUAUAAAUUUACAUACGUUACCAAAAGGUGUGAUUAUAUUCUAAUAAAUGUUCAGACACUGAUUUUCUAAUUUGCAUCUUUGUCAGCUCCACGCAUGGUAUCCUAUGCAUAUAUUGUAGAAUUUAUUUUCCAAAUUCUAACAAAUGCACAUUUCUGAAAGUGGCAAUAAUUAGCUCCAGGCUGUUUAGACAGAUAAACUGAAGUUAUACCACACUGAAAGGUGUGCAUGAAAAGCAGGUGGAAAUCAUAAGAAAUAAAACCUCUGCACAUGAAUACAGACAGUUUCUCUGAAACUAAUAUGGGGGGAUAAGUCUGUGCUGACCACAAAUUAUUUAUAUGGCAACCGCAAACUUUGAUUUGACUGUCAAUGUCCUUCAUGGUAAUGAUGAGUACUGUGAAUUUUAAAAACAUGCUUCUGUUGAUUCUCUGGGGAAAUCAGUACGAGACCAAACCACUGGGUUACUUUAGGAUUUUCUUUUGAAGUGUUAUGUAAUAUUAAUGGAAAUCAUCGAGCGUGUCUGUGUGUGCAUGUGUGUGUGUGUGCGUGUGUGUAUUGAUCAAACACACAGUUUACGCGAUACAGAGGUACAAAAAAAAAAAAAAAAAAAAAAGGAGCUGCACUGAAAUCUGAUUUACGGAGUGUCUUCUUGUUACAGGCAAUAAACUCUGGUACCAGGUUGGUCUUGGUUGGAACUCGUGGUCACAUUGUCACGUUACUCACAAAUCGUUUAACACAGGACGACAGUUACUGGGGCAAAAAGAUGGUAAGCCUGGACUACUGAAGGCUAAAUAAUGUGUGUACUGACCAUGACAAUGUGUAACAAUAAGCGCGCCUCCUCAAUACCCCCAAAAGCACGAAGGACUAUUUCUGAUGUAUAUAAUGUAUACAACACAUUUUUUCUGUAGAGGUAUUAAUCUAUGAUAGUGAGGGGACAUUACAAAUGACUAAAAAAAAAAAUUACAGAAUGUCAACGGUGAGUGUGUGUCUGUUUGCCACUCUGUGAAAAUGUGCCGUCUCCAAGUUUACAUAUCGCUAUAAGAAUCUAUUUAUUCUGUGCUGAAAGACUUUUUUUUUGCUUUUAGUUCACACAUCGGUGCCCAUCACGAUCAAAAUGAUUCACAACUGAACCUGACCUGUUUGUUUUUUAUAUCCAGUAAAUUUUUGCCAGUGUACACUUCUGUGCUCCACAGCUGUCCUGAGCAGUGUGUUUGUACUAGCACAUACACACACCAGAGCUCUUGAAGAAUCAAAGUGGAUGUGCUCAUUUCAUAUUCUUGUACCCUUAAACUGCAUGGAAAUCAUAACAUUUUUAAU